AUGUCAUCACCGUUACUAGAAAAUUUGUAUGAAGAGCAACCAUACAAAACAGUCUUCUUCAUACUUAUUUUUCUUUAUAUAUUAACAUUCUAUCUUCGAUAUUUCAUCAACACAACCCGUCUUCCUGGUCCGGUCCCAUUUCCAAUCGUCGGAAACUUUCCACAAUUAGUUCUCUUAUUACUCCGCGAAAAAUUCAAUCUAUCCCAAGUGAUACAAAUCUUGCACCUAAAAUAUGGCGAUUUCUUCCAGCUAUAUAUUCCAUUCUCUUUCAGAGAUCCGGUUAUUGUGAUUAGUAAUGCUCAAAUUGUAGAGCCGCUUUUUGCUAGCACAUCGGCCAUAGAAAACAAGUUCCAUCUUCGUACGGGUCCGAGGCAGGGAAUAAAUGAACUGGGUAUAUCGAAAAAAGGAUUGUAUUUGAAUAGAGAUACGGAGAGUUGGAUUAGGAAUAAAAAUUUUUUCGUGCACGGUGUUGGGUCGGUCAACGCUGCCAAAGAUUGUGUAGUGUAUGCGAGUAAAGCAUUUGAAGAGAUGGAAAAAAGUUGGGUUGAAGUUGGAUCAUUCAUUGGAAAACGGGAUUUAAUUGCCAAAGUGGAUUUAAUCGAAUGGAUAUUUCGAUGGACAACCGACAUAAUAUUCCAGGUGACAUUGAGCGAAAACGUCAACUCAAUCCAGACAUAUAAAAAGAUAAUAAUUGAAAAAACCAGCAACAAUGAAAAGAAAUCAAACCUCAAUUCAUCAUUUAACAAAUUGGCAAAGUCAUUAUCAGUCACUAGGAUGUCAAUCGAUACCGAGACAUUCAUACGAAAUAUGCAAAACUUCUUUCCAGCUGUAUGGAUAUUCCUUGCGACUCCUAAAUGGACACGUGAUUAUGUGGCACCUGUUUCAACAAUGGCAAGACAAUUCAAAACCAGUUUAGAAGUGGUGAAUAAAGCGUUGGUAAAGAUUAUUAAGAAGAAACGAGAGGAAAUUAGUGGUGGCAAGGCUAAAGAAGGAUGGAUGGAUUUUUUGACAACGAUGAUUACGGCUGAAGAGGAUAAAGUGGUUUUUAGUGAUGAUGAUGUUAGAGAGAAUUUAUUGCAUGCUUUAGCAGGCGGCAUAAUUACUCUGGGAAAUACAUUAUGCUUUAUUAUCUAUACGAUCACCAAACACCCGAAUGUCAAGAAUCAAUUAAUGCAAGAAAUAGAUUCUGUAUUUAAAGAAAAUGAUAUUCUCAAUUACGAAGACUUGGCAAAAUUAAAAUACACCGAAGCGAUUAUUAAAGAAGCUUUGAGAAUUUUGCCGACUGUUCCAUUAAACUUACGAGUCGCUGGUGAAGAUUGUCGUAUUGGUGAACAUCAGUUUAAGGCCGGCACACAAUUUAUCCUAAACCAGCAAGGAAUCCAUCUUAACCCGAAACACUGGGAAAAUCCAACUGAAUUCGACCCAUCGCGAUUUCUUUCACCCAAUUCUGACAAAAACAUGCAGAAAAAUUCUUUAUUACACUUUGGUGCCGGAACAAGAAAGUGUCCCGGUAAAUUACUGGCAAUGACAGAAUUAAAGUGUUUUUUGGCGUUGUUUUAUCAAAAGUAUGAUUUUGUGAUUGACAAUGUUGAUAUGAAUAAUAAUAAAGGUGAAUGGGAUGAUUGA